AUGGUCUGUUAUCAUGCAAAUCCGUUUAGCAUUCAUUUGACUAUGUCGCUGUUUUAAUUGAAUAUCAAAAUGCAACUAAGAUGAUCGGCAGUUAAGAUAAGUAAUUAAAAAACAUCUUUCAGAAUUCUGUUCCACAGUGCGCAUUGUGCGCGUUCUCCUUACCUCUACUCUAAUCGAGACACUUGCCUGGAACUGAACUCUGGAAAUGCACUCGAGGGGGUCAGCAGUCAGUUUAAAUUGAAGAUAAGUGCAAGGAGUCGGUUUUCUCGAGGGAGGAAUACGAUUCAAAGAAAGCUUCGCAGCAUCCCUUUUGUAAGUACACAAGAAAGUAUUUCUGGCUUCGAAGCUUGGUUGGAGGCGUGCCCGUCAGCUUCCUCGGUCCAAGCGAGAGGAAAGCGGGGUGUGUCAGUCACUCACUCUAGCUAAAACUAAGAAGCCACGCAGACCUCGCCGCAGACUGCCUCACGAGUGUCGGUUUUUGGGACACCCGGUCAGUCAAUGCGCUCUGUCACCGGAGCGCCUGAGAAAAACGCACGUUCACUGUAUGUGUAUCCUGGGAACUCCGUGAAUUAAAAUAUCACUAUUUUGUCACAGAAGCAUACACUGACUGAGAAGUGCAAAGAUUUUUUUUUUUUUAAAUAGCAUGUACUUUGGAAGAAAUAUGAAGGACUUACCUGUCUCCCGAGCUCUUGUGGUGGCUGUUUUGGUGAUGCUUCACGUUUUAAAGACAGACUCAUCCAAAGUAAACGUGCCACGGCUACGUCUCUCCUAUAAAGAUCUCCUGGCCACAAACAGGUCGUCCAUAUUCAUUGGACACAGAGGCUUUCUCAAUUUAAGCUCCAUGUUUCUGGAUGAAUAUCACGACCGGCUGUUUAUCGGAGGGAAGGAUGUUCUGUACUCUCUACGCCUGGACCCCAACAACAUUGACUCGAAAGAGAUUUACUGGCCCCCACUGCCAGGUGACAAGGAGGACUGUGUUCUCAAGGGCAAAGACCCUCUGAGCGAAUGCGCUAACUAUGUCCGGAUGCUGCACCCUUACAACCGGACUCACCUGCUGUCCUGCGCUACCGGAGCCUUCCAGCCCAUGUGUGCCUUCAUCUACGUGGGUCACAGGGGAGAGCAUGUGUUCAGGAUGGACCCUGCUAGCGUGGAGAACGGGCGGGGCAGGUGCCCUCAUGAUCCCGGCAAGCCCUUCGCAAGCACCUUCAUCGGUGGUGAGCUCUACACAGGGCUGACGGCAGACUUCCUGGGGCGGGAUUCUGUGAUUUUCCGUAGUAUGGGCUCCCGUUCCACAAUGAGAACAGAGACUGACCAGCGGCUGUUACACGAUCCCAAGUUUGUGGCGGCUCAUUUGAUCCCGGACAAUGACGAUCGCGACAAUGACAAGGUCUAUUUCUUCUUCACCGAGAAGGCCAUGGAAGCCAAUGGCAAAAGUGGCGCCAUCUACAGCCGCGUAGGGCGUGUGUGCGCGAAUGAUGCGGGCGGUCAGAGAGUGCUGGUCAACAAGUGGAGCACCUUCAUCAAGGCCAGGCUGGUGUGCUCCGUCCCCGGACCUCACGGGAUAGACACGCACUUCGACGAGCUGGAGGACGUCUUUCUGCUGAGAACAAAGGAUGAGAAAAACCCAGAGGUCUACGCAAUAUUCAGCACCAUCAGCAAUGUGUUCCAGGGCUUUGCAGUGUGUGUCUAUCGCAUGGCGGACAUUCGUGAGGCGUUCAACGGCCCUUUCGCCCACCAGGAGGGUCCCAACUACCAGUGGAGUGCCUUCGAGGGCAGAGUGCCCUACCCACGGCCCGGCGUGUGCCCGAGCAAGAUCACGAACCAGCCGGGCCGGCAGUUUGGCAGCACCAAGGACUACCCGGACGGAGUGCUCCAGUUUGCCCGCAGUCACCCGCUCAUGUCCCAGCCAGUGUACCCGGCCCUGCGGCAGCCUGUGCUGGUCAAGACCAACGUAGAGUACCGGCUGGGGCACAUCGUGGUGGACCGCGUGGAGGCCGAGGACGGGCAGUACGACGUCAUGUUCAUCGGCACGGAUGCUGGCUCUGUGCUCAAGGGAAUUGUGUUACACAGCGGAAACUCUCUCCACACUGAAGAGGUAACCCUGGAAGAGCUGCAGGUCUUCAAGGUGCCAACACCCAUUACCUCCAUGAAGAUCUCUGUCAAACGGCAAAUGCUGUACGUGGGCUCCCAGGUGGGAGUGGCACAGGUGAGGCUGCAUCGCUGCGAGACGUACGGAAAGGCGUGUGCAGAGUGCUGUCUGGCACGGGAUCCCUACUGUGCCUGGGACGGGGUCUCCUGCACCCGCUACCAGCCCCACAACAAGAGACGCUUCCGCAGGCAGGACAUCCGCAAUGGAAACCCAGUCCACCAGUGCCUGGACCAGAACGUCAGCGUGGAAGACUUGGACAGCACAGAGGAAAAGGUGGUGUACGGGACAGAGAACAACAGCACCUUCCUGGAGUGUGUUCCCAAAUCUCCCCAGGCCACCGUCACCUGGUUUGUGGAGAGAGAUGACCACAGAGAUGAGGUGAAGACUGAUGAGCGGAUGAUCUGGACGGAGCAGGGCCUGCUGUUCCGCAAGGUGUUCCGGCACGACGAGGGGGUGUAUGUGUGCCAGUCGCGGGAGCACGGCUUUGCCCAGACGCUGCUGCGCAUAUCCCUGGAGGUCCUGCGUGGGGAGACACUGAGGGAGCUCUUCAACAAGGAGGGCGGGGCCGGAGAGGAGUGGGCGGGGUACCGGCCACUGCCUUGCCACAUCCAGCGGGCCACGCCCCAUGGACGCUCCUGGUUCAAGGACAUCAUGCAGCUGAUUGGCCCAUCCAAUCUGCCGCGCGUAGAGGAGUACUGCGAGCGGGUCUGGUGCAGCGAUAAGCAGAGGCGCAAACACAAGGCCAUGUUGAACAAGUACAAGCUGGCACAGGAGAGCGGGCGCAAGGCACGGAACAAGGGCUCGGACGAGAGGCACAGGAUCCCGCGAUCGCUUAGAGACACGUAGGGAAUUUCAUCUCAUGAACGCUGACUUGGCUCUGGGGCUGAGAGGGCAAGGACUUAGCAGAAGAGAAUUUCUUCAGCUUGGGUGAAAGACAUUUCUAGGAGUCAGCAGCCUGCAACUCUCACCUCUUGGCCUAACUGAACUCUGUUUGAAACAUCAGACUGUAUCUCUCAGUCGAGGCUAACUAGUGGCCACUCCAAGGCAACUUGCAUAAACUUUUUAAACCCUUCUUUGUUUCUUGUAAAAUACUGUAAAUGGGUCUCCUUCGGACCGCACAGCUGUUUCGGUGUGUUGACAGUUUGAUAUCUCUUUCCACCACAUACCGUGGUUUGUUCACACGGUACUCACAAACACACACUCAUUAUCACUCACUGGCCAGAGUUUCCCAGCCUCAUUCCCAGGGGUUAUGCUUGCAGUCUGUGAAGCUCUCGAGUAUUUAUUUUAUAUUUUAAAUAAAUCUGCUGUGAAGGUGUGGAGUCGAGAAAAAGCAUGGGGAAUUUACUGCCGAACUUACAUGUUAGUCAUUCAACUGAAAAGUUGCGACCAUUUUACCAGCAAAAACUGACAACUCUAUCAGCUAACUGGUACUUUUACUGGCAAAAGUGGGCAGUAUUUAUUGGCAGACCUCAGUCUUUUUCAUUCUUAAAGCAUCAUCUGAUAUUUUUUUCUGGUAAAAUCAAUCCUUUUAAUGACAAAACAUGCCUUUUCUCUUUCUCAUGCUUCAGUAAACAAAAGCUGACAGUCCUGCUGUCUGCUGGGAUAUUUUUACUGGUAAAAGCUGGAUCACUCUCCCUGACACAACAUUUUUUUCUGACAUUGUAAGGAUGUUGGUCAAGCCUAUUAAUGUAAUACAUACUGAUCAUUUUUACUGGAGAAAAGAAAGUUACAUACGUGUUUUAGCUGACUGACGUUUGUGUAAACGUUUUCUUACUUUACUUAUUAAUCUUCCAAAAUGAUAUUUAUGUGAUAAACUAUACUUUGUGUACCACUUGCAGUUCAUUUUUAUUGCCCUUGUUGAGUUACUGUAGAUAACGUUUGCUGUACAGUAGUCCCUCAUUCCAUUAGUAGUCCAUUUAGUUUUAAUGGUCUUGAAUUUGGAAGUUGUCAUGGCAAAAACAAAGACUUUGAGCAACUUAUUAAACUAUAGUAUCAGUCAUUUAAUGUUGUGUCUGGUAUUGGUAUAUGAAUGAAAAUGCUACCUUGGUCCAGCCAAUGCAGCUGUCCAUAUGAUAGUUCCUUGCAUAGCAGUGGCAACACAUUGCCAUUGAAGACCAUUAGGAAAUCUUUCAAGUUUUUACAUCAUUGCUCUUUCCCAAAGGAUCAUCAUAGCAGAAUGCUGAAUCUAACAGCAGAACUGCAGGAACCUUUGUUUUUGCCUGCAAAACAUCCUGGUUUAUAUAUUGAAAAAAAAAAAAAAAAUGUAAAUGACCGAAAUGACUUCACUAAAUAAUUGUGCAAAGCCACAGAAUGAUACUGUUAACCUAAAGGAUUGUUCAAAUAAACUGUUCCUGACAUUGUACAGGCCUUGCAAAAUGACAGCAAGCAUGGAGCACACCAGAGAUUGACCAUUGCCGCUCUAUACAGAACUGAGGGGACCACCUCUGGAAAAAGUGUGUGUAAUUUAAUGAUGUAUUUAUAUUCUAUUUAAUGACCUCCCU